AUGGGCCGGGCGCCCCGGGGCACGCGCGGCUCGCCAAGCUGCGGGUUACAGCGGCUGCUACGGCUCGUACUCCUGCUCAGCCUGGCCCGCGGCGUCAACGGAGAACCGGGCAUGGACGAUUUAGAUGUCUGUGCCACUUGCCAUGAACAUGCCACAUGCCAGCAAAAGGAAGGGAAGUGGAUCUGCAUUUGCAACUAUGGGUUUUGGGGCAACGGGAGGACACGGUGUGUUGACAAAGACGAGUGCCAGUUUGGAGCCACCGUGAUCUGUGGGAACCACACAUCCUGCCACAACACGCCUGGAGGAUUCUACUGCAUUUGCCACGCAGGCUUUCGAGCCACAAACAACAACAGGACGUUCAUCCCCAAUGACGGCACUUUCUGUGCAGACAUAGAUGAGUGUGAAGAUUCUGGCCUGUGCAGACAUGGAGGUCGGUGUGUCAAUACUCCUGGGAGCUUUGAAUGCUACUGCAUGGAAGGGUAUGUGGCAAAGAAUGGGCCUGAGCCUUUCCACCCACGCAUGGAUGCGACAUCAUGCACAGAAAUAGACUGUGGCAUCCCUCCUGAAGUUCCUGGGGCCUAUGUCGUGGGAAGCUACAGCUCCACACUGGGCGGCCAGGCCCAUUACAGCUGCAAAGAAGGGUUUCUCAGCGUCUCAGGAGAUAGAGUUUCACGAUGCACAGCCCUGGGCGUGUGGGAACCUCCAAAGUUACAUUGCCAAGAAAUCAGCUGUGGCAGUCCCCCUGAAGUUCAGAAUGCCAUCUUGGUCGGGAAUGCCAGCUCCACCCAGGGGAGUGUGGCUCACUAUCACUGUCAGGAAGGCUUCGAGAGUCCUGGAGGAAAGAUCAUUUCUGUUUGCACAGAGAAAGGCUCCUGGAGUGAAAUCACUUAUGCAUGCACAGAAAUAGUGAUAGAAAUUCAUGAUGUGUCGAUGUUUAAUGACACCUGUGUGAGAUGGCAGAUAAGUCCAGAGAGAGUGAACUCCAAGAUCAUGUACUUGAUACACAUUGAAAGACAGCAGCCAGAUGCUGUGGAAUCAGUUUCUGAGGAGACAUUCAAUGUGACCACAGACAGCAGGAUCCCAGAAGUGUGCCUGUACCUCCAACAAGGAGCCAAUUACACCAUGAGCAUUUCUGUAGCCCCUCCCAGGCGCUCUGUGCCCGCCAUCCUUGGCUUCCGGACGGCUGAAGAUGGUCUCUUAGAAGAUGAUGGAAUUUUCAAUAUUUCAGUAUUUAAUGAAACUUGUUUGAAGUUGAACAGGCAUUCUGGGCAAGUUGGAUCAGAGCAAAUGUACCAAGUGGAGGUUCUGGGUCAGAGGUGGUAUCUAGACAGCGUCUAUCACGCUACUGUCUUUAACAUCACAACAAAAGACCGAGCUCCUGAAGUGUGUUUAGAUCUGCACCCCGCCACUGAUUACACGAUAAACGUCACCCUUCUGAGACCCACUCAACUGCGCUCCACACAAAUAACCAUAACCACCUCGGUGACAGCAGAACAGACCGUCACUAAUAUUUCAGUAUAUAAUGACACCUGCCUGAGAUGGAACAGCCUGAAGACAGCCGAUGUAGUAGAGAUGUACUUAUUCCACAUUUGGGGCCAGAGAUGGUAUCAGAAGGCAUUUGUUCAGGAAAUGGUCUUCAAUACCACCAGCAGCAGCCAGGACCCUGAGAUAUGUCUGGAUCUGCAUCGAGGCACCCGCUAUAAUGUUAGCCUCCAGGCUUUGUCUUCAGCUCUUCCUGUGGUCAUCUACCUGACAACCCAGAUAACAGAGCCCCCACUUCCAGAAGUAGACUUUUUCACUGUGCGUGGAAGGCCUCUACCAUGCUUCAGGCUGAGGAAAGCCAAGGAGAUAAAUGGACCUAUCAGUUCAUAUCAGGUGUUGGUCCUUCCCCUGUCCUUGCAAAGCACAUUUUCUUGUGAUUCUGAAGGCAUGACUUCAUUCUUUGGCAACGCUUCUCCUGCUGAUGGAUAUGUGGCUGCAGAAAUCCUGGCCAGGGAUGUUCCAGAUGACACGUUGGAGAUAUCUAUUGGAGACAGGCUGUACUACGGGGAAUAUUACAAUGCUCCUUUGAAAACAGGAAAUGAGUACUGCAUUCUGUUACGGAUCGCAAGUGAAUGGAAUAAGGUGAGAAGGUACUCCUGUGCUGUCUGGGCUGAGGUAAAAGACUCAUCACUCACAGCGCAGCAGAUGGUGGGUGUUGGACUGGGCUCCGUGGCUUUUGUGACCGUUCUUGCAUUCCUCUCCUUCUCAGCAGUGUGAUGGCUGAUGGGCUCAGCAUGGGAAGACUCACUUGAUGAUGCACAGAUGUUCUGACAGCUUCUCAGGCCCAUCCACACUGUGGCUCCUAUCCUAAGCCCUUGUGUGGGGCUGAAACUUUCUCCAUCCCAGCAUGGCCUCAUUCCUGAAUUCAAGAUGGCAGCCAUCUCUGUGGAAUCUUAAAACUUGGGAGCAGUUUAUGUGUGUUUCAUGCUUUCUGCAUCAGUUGUAUAUCCGUGCACUUGAGACUCAUGUCCAGCGUAAUACCACAGGUCACAGACUCCGAGAGUCAGGCCUCGUUUACGCUGGAUGUGCACAGGCCACAGACCCUGUGACUCAGGUCCCGUAAACAUUGGACGUGGAACCUCUGCAUCUUCCUGUAAUUAGUUCAUCAACUAUUAGUUCAGGCUCUUUUCUUCUCAAUAGGUAAUGAGAUGGGCUUAAGUCUGGGCUGAAAUUUAUAAAAGAGGACUCUGGAUAGAGAACACUGAUAUGAAUAAAUGUUUCAAGCAUUUUAGGAUUAGUCCGUGGCCCAUACCAGAAAGUACAAUAGCCUGGCCACUCUUUCAGGUUCCCUUCGUGGCUUUGAUACAAUUCCAGUUGUUUGUGUGAGACCAAAAGUGAUGCCUGCUUUCCAGAAAAACCUAUUCUGUAAUUUUGACCAUUCUUCUCCCCACCCCCCUUUCUUACUCAUUAUCUAUAAAAUCGUUCAAUGCCUCCCUCAAGAAA